AUGUCACACACUGGCAACUUAAACAAAUGCAUUAAGCUUUUUAAGGCACGCAGACAGAUGUUAGGGAAGGGAAGUCGCUGUGUACUGGUUGACAGUAGCUCGAUGUAUGAAGCUCUUCUACUGUAUGACAGCUGUGGCAGAGUGAACACUACAUUCGAUUAUCUGAGGUCGAAAAACUCGUCGCUUAUUGCAUCAGCAGAGAGAUGUCGCAAUCUGCUUGUCACCACUAAGCUCUGCAUUGUGAGACUGACAGUAGUGUGACUGUAUAGGUGUGUGUGUGUGUGUGUGUGUGUGUGUGUGUGUGUGUGUGGGCAUCAUGUCUGCAGCCUAUCCUCCCCAGUCACCAGCUGUAGCUAAGUCUAUAGUUCUGGUGGAGGACUGAUGUCCCCUACUAGCUGCAACCUUCGCCAACUGGGACAAUGUCCUGGGUACCCUUGUAUGACACAUCUGGGCCCCCAAAGGUCAGGGGUUGUUGCUGCUCUGUGACGGUGAGGUUACGUUUCUGGCCAAUCACACGCUGAACGGUGAGAUUCUGCGGAGCGCUGAGAGUGGCGCAGUGGAUGUGAAGUUCUUCGUCUUGGCAGAAAAGGGAGUCAUCAUCAUCUUGCUGAUCUUCGACGGGGAACUCAAGGGUGACUAGAACACUUGUGCGCUGUCAAUCAUUUGGUCACAGUCAGAGCUAAGCUUCUACCUGCCUCUGACAGCGUGUAUAGAGACUGAAGCACAUCAUCAUCUGCAUGCAGAAGAUAAAGGACACUGUGCUGAAUGAUGAUGAUAUUGGCAUCGUUGGGGAGUAACGAAAUACAUAUGGAAAACAUUUAUACAUAUAAAUGUUGCGAUCCAAAGUGCAUCUGAACAGCGGUGAAACACUUUCUUAUGAUGUGUUACAUUCAUACGAGCAGACAGAGAAGGCAUUCAGCUCUCAUCUUCAGACUUGUGGCUGUUCUAUGGUGGUUGGCAGCAAUCCCAAGAAAGACAAUAAGGACGUGAUGCACAAAAACACACUUGUAAAGUCCUUCAUAAAUGAGGCAGAAGGGGAAGAAUCCUUUCAGAUCUCUACGCAAUCUAAAAACUUGACAGUGGAGGGGGACUUGAACAUCAUAAUGGUGAUGGCGGAGAAGCUGCGGGCAGGCCUUCACUCCUUCGUUUUUGGGAAGUCUUUCCUCACCAGCGUGCAGGAGCGUGACCUCCUCAUGAGCUUCUGAACUCUGCCGGAGUGCCUAUAGAUGUCAUCAUUUUUCUGUGACCACACCCACAUCCUUAUGUUUAUUUUAAGGAUGUUUCAACAGCAUUCAGAAAAGUGCUGGUAAAUGUGCUUAAGUGCUCCGUCACAAUGCCUGCUGCUGAAAUGUUAAUUGGAACAUUUUUUGCUGUGAAAUUAUAAACUGCUAGUGAUGUUGGUAAAUUCUUAUUUGUGUGAAAAUCUUUGACACUUUUUAUGCUUAUGAGAUUCUUGGCCUCAUGAAGGAGGCGAGAUGUGUCUGGGAAAGACAGUGUUUGGGUCUCACAGUCAAUGGCUUUCUGGUACUUAAGAGAUUUUCUUUACUGCAAGUCUUAUACCAUACCAAACAUUGAUCAUUUUGGAUAUCCUGCAUAGACAUGAUAACUAACAUGAAAGCAUAUGCCGGUCAUUCAUAAUAUCUGGAUAAAUGUGAGAGAAGCCGUUUUGUUUACUAAUUGAAUAAAUAUGUGACAAAAGAACAAAGUAGAUGGAAUUUUAAUCUCACUGUGGGUUUGUCUUCCUAUGUGCAUGAUUGUCGUCUUAUUUCAAUUGAAAUACCAUACAGGAUCUACAUAAGUAAUCUCAACUCUUUAAUAAAUUUCCCUGGCCAUUUAACAAUGAUAUGAUUGUCUCAACACUGCACAUAAUUCACGUGACUGAUCUGCUACUUCCCAGAACUCUUCUUUUCAGAGACUUUUCUUUGUUCCCUAAAGGUGAAGUGUGUGAUUUCUGCACAACUAAAGGCACCACAUGGAAUUGCAAAAUAAGGACAAUUUUCAAACUAGUUUUUAAACAAACACUCCCCCGUCUACCAUUGCUCAGCCAAAAAGAUCGUCCCGCCCAAAACCCACACCAUUGGUUGAGACAGUGUUUCUGUGUUGGCUGGUCAUGACACUCGAACAAAGAGAGCAAUGUUUAAAUAAAUUUAAGUGCCACAGAGCCCAAUAAGCUGGGAUAGGAGACAGUAUUAAACACACCAGCUUUAACUUGACAAACUAAACUACAGUUAUGGUUAAUUAAAUUACUCUUACUUGCGCAUCUGGAUUGAGACAUGUAGGGAAGCUGGUGGAAAUUUGGGAACACCAAGAAAAAAAGUACCUUGACUUACUAUAUCUAAAUUAGGCCAAAUCUCAGGUGUAAAAUGUGCAAGGAAGUCAGCAAAUAACAGGAACGGCCCUUAGCCAUCUUGCUUUAAUUUUGAAAUGUUUUUUUUUUUUUUGCAUUAUUCCACUGUUGUUAUUUAUCACACAGCCUUUGUGUUAAUGGCAGACCCGUAAUGAGGGUGUAAUGGUAGUGUAAUGAUGACUCUGUCAGGGGUGUUCUGAACAUUUUGGGAAACUUGUGAAAGUCAUAAACUGAAUUUUAAUCUGAAAUAUGUAUAUUAUACAUUUUAAAUUGUAAAUGUGUUGUCUUAAUAAAUGGUGCCUAUUUUAUUUGUGAAACAUAACUUGUCUUAUUAUACCUGUCUAUUAGUGUAAAAUCCUCCUUUCCUUAACUAUUUGCUUUUCCAAAACGAACAAAUAUUCAGUAUGUUUAUUUAUUGAGGCUUAUAUGGAAAUUAUUAUAUGGUGAGAAGAUGAACAUGGCUGGACACUGGACAGAGCAGCAGGUAGCCUAUUCCACAAUGCAGAAAAACUCCAGGAGACAAGUUAUAAUGAAUAUGCAAGAGCCCUAAUCUGAUUUUAUUGCAGUUCCUUGCAUAAGUACUUAGACCCUUAAUCAUUUCUGUCAUGUUACGGAAUAGCAAAUCCUAUUAUUUGUACACAAUUGCACUCUGUGAUAUUUUUAUUUUUAGCUCAAAAGUAUAUGUUAGAAUUUUUUUUUUCCAAUCCCACAUUUUAAUGUUUUGUAAAAUACACUGUUUAGGUUAAUUUUGGAAAAAUGUCCAUGUUAUUUUUUAUGCUUUUUACCUUUUCCCAUAGUGCCACCUACUAACUGGGCCCCUGUUUCAUUUUAUUUUUCAUUCUUGGGCCAUGCCUACGUCAAUUUGGCUUAAUAUUAUUGUUUGCCUUCUCCAAUGAGAAUGUUUGUUUUGUAGACAACAUUUGUUAAAACUUUGAUAGUCAUAGUAUUCUCACUUUAUCAAUAUCUUAAAGGCAGGUGUAUUGCUUUUACUGGUGUGUGUAUUUUUAUUAUUUUC